AUGACGAACAAUUCCCCUCACACACCCUUCAUGCAGAAAUGCAUCGAACUCGCUGAAAAGUCCCCUCCCCGACCAACGAAUUUCCGCGUCGGCGCUAUCCUCCUUUCUCGGAAAGACGGAGAUAUCACCUUUUCAGACGACCGCAUCCUUUCGACAGGGUACACCAUGGAGCUAGCGGGCAACACCCACGCCGAACAAUGCUGCUUCGCGAACUAUGCCGCCGUACACAAGGUUGCCGACGACCAAGUAGCCGGUGCGCUGCCUGUCGAGCCGGGGCGCAAGCUCGUCAUGUAUGUCUCCAUGGAGCCUUGCGGGAAGCGGCUGUCAGGCAAUGCGCCUUGUGUGCAGCGGAUCACAAAGACUCGGGACGGAGGUCGAGAGGGAAUUCACAAGGUCUAUUUCGGCGUUAAGGAGCCGGGGACUUUUGUUGGAGAGUCGGAGGGCUGUAAAAUGCUUUCUGCUGCGGGUAUUGAGUGGGAGCAUGUACCUGGUCUGGAGAAGGAGAUCUUGAGCGUCGCUGUGGCGGGGCAUGAGAACCCGGAGGAGGAAGUCAAGAAUGCUUUGGGAAAAUUGGAGACGAAUGCUGAUCAGAUCAGUGAAGAGGAGAGGCAGAGGCUAAACCAACAACCCCGGAAUCCGAAGAAGCGGAUGAUGGAGGGGGAAACAAUUAUAUAUUAG